AUGGGCCAUGACUUCCUCUUACAGCAUGUGCUUUACUGUUUUCUGCCCUACGAGCUUCAUAUAUUCUUACUGAAGGGAUGGUCCGUAUCCCUUCCCACUGUGGACUACCCUAUUCUAUAUAAAAUUGUUGUUUUAUCUAUCACCAUGGAAGGGCUCAAAGAAGAGGGGGCUGAAAAGCACCAUCUGGUCAUGGGAGACUUCGAAUUAGAGGCGAAACGCAGGAAUUUAACCGAUUCACAUGCGCCAGAAGAGCAUACCCCAAGCUUUCUACCGUUUAAACGUUGGGUCAAAAGCUUUAGAGCAAAAAAGAGCUACAGUCCCUGUCAGCGUCUAAGAUACGUGGAGGGCUGGUCGGAUACUACGCAGGCACACUGUGAGAAUACCAAUGCAUUGCCCUGUGGAGGAGGACAGGAUCUGCAGUGGGAAUGUCUCUCAGGUCACUCAUCCAAUCUGGAGACCAUCAAGACGAGUACCUUGAGCGUUGCCAGUCAAAGUGUAGUGAGAUCAAGGGGAACCACCCAGAGUACGAAUCGGAGUUUUGGCUCAGACCUGCGUGGGUCUAUAGAGAGCUUAAGACCAGCAUUGAGCCCUUCGAUCGAUGAGGAAGCACACAACCGCGCUGUUAAGCGGCAGUCCGCCUCGAAACUGACUGAUUGGUCAUCCCAGGUGCUUUUCCUUUUCUCCGCAAGACCGGAGAUCUACUACAAUCUCCACCAAAUUCGCGAACUACACGAAGACCUUCUGGCACGGAUCCGGAAGGUGACGCCAAUGUCUAGCCUUGCGGCGGUAGACAAUUACGAGCAGCUUACGGAGGAUGUGGAUAUUCUACGUCAAUCAGUGCCGAACUGGUCGGUUUUGGAGAAUGGUAUCGAAGCCUUGUCGAAGUCAGUAGCGUCGAUUGAGAACCAGGCCCUCGAAAAUAACAAAUCGAUGCUGUUGCAUGACCUCCUCAUAAAGGUUUGA